AAAAAAAUAAUAAUAAUACCUAAUUGAACGUUGGCCCCUGAGCCAGUCUCAGACGCAUCUAAAAACUUGUGAAGAAAAAAAGCGAUGUAGAGAAGAUUUGUGGUAAAAUUACGAACGUUUUGAAGACUUUAUCUGCAGGCACAAUGUAAAAAUAUUUGGUUCAGGAAAGUCGCGGAUGUUAAAGUGGUAGAACUUGCGCUUGGACAAGCACCUGCAGCAUCAGUUGCACUGGUAGAGAAAUAUAGGAAACACUGCGUGCUGGGGGAAAAUGUCACCAAGAAAGCUCCAAGUGUGUAUCACAAGGGUUUUCUACAAGGAUUUUUCUACAAACCAAGAACAUAAUCAGGGGCGGUACGAUCCAAGAGCGCAAACUAGAACCAGGUUUCAGCCUGCGCCAGUUCCACUUAAAAAAGCAUCUGUUGAAACUGGCCGAUAAAAGACGAAGAGAAAGGUGCGGGAUAACCUCGUUUACCGAUAAAAUCGAAUCAAAUUUUAGCUAGUAAGCCUUCAAGGUGUUUAGCUUUACACAAUUAUACUGGUAGAAUAAGCAGAUAAUUCGAGCAGUAAUCACAUAAGACGAAUUCAAGGGUGAGAAAAUUGGACUUGAGAGAAACUAGCUUCGUCCAUUUCCGCGAGGGAAAAAACAAUUUUUGGGGGCGUAUCUCAAAGAGAAAAUUAGCCAUAAGUUCGCUAAAUGGGAGAAACUUGCAUAAAAUAGAAUUGCACAGGUGAAACAAGUUAAAGAACGGUACACCCUUUGCGUGAGCAAAUCAAUAGAAAGUCUUCACAACUGGAACGAAUUGUGCGGUAUGCUUUGAAUGUGUGCUAACAAUCAAAAUACGUGCCUGUCAUUAAUAAAUGCACCUGCUGCUUGAAGAAAAAAAUACAAAAUACGUGCACCGUAACAAGAGAAAAACAAACAAAACGCGCAGCGCCCCGAUUGGGACAGGAAUUGAAGCAAAGGAGAGCGAUGGAGACACCGAUAGAGAUUGCGGUACCCCUUGGAAUUUUAUCAUUUCUUGUCAUCAUAGAAAACAGCGUUGUGUUGUACUUGGUAUUGGCGAACCGACACAUGAGGACUUACACAAACGGAUUCGUUGUAUCGCUUGCAAGCUCAGAUAUCUUGACUGGGCUGGUGAUAUUCUGCCAGUAUCUAAUCGGGUUUCAAAACGCCGCGGUUAUCAAUGUAGCUUAUGCUGUUGUUUUGAUAAGUGGAGCGGCAAAUAUAACGUCGGUUACUUUGGAUAGAUAUCUUGCCAUUACAAAGCCCUUCAAGUACACAGAUUUAAUGAGGAAGUACUUUAAGUACAUUACGUUUAUUACAUGGACAACUUCGAUACUUCUCGCCGUUUUGCCUCUUGGUUGGUAUGCAGGAAACAUUACAGAAGUUUUCCACAAAGUUUACGUUUUUAUUACAAUCGGAUUAGGGGUGAUAACGCCGUAUUUCUUUGUACUUUUUGCGAAUAUUAGAAUAUACUGCAUUGUGAGAAAAUCAGUGAAGAGAGAGAAAAGGACAUUGUCAAGUGUUUCGCAAGAGCAAAGUAGCCGCAGAAGAGCACCGCUGAAAAUAAUAGUCUCAGAAGCGAAAGUUGCGCGAGUUUUCGCGUGCACUGCUUUAGCGUUCGCAAUCUCAUGGUUCCCGGUUCUGUAUUACACCAUCGCAGCAGUUCUGGGGAGCUUCAAUUCUGUGCCAAACAUCUUAGUAACACUAUCACCGUUUUUCAUCGUGAUUGGGUCACUAGCGAACCCAUUAAUUUACAGCUUCAUGAAGCCGGAUUUUAAAAUAGCAAGUAGAGCACUGUUAUGCAAAAUCAGGCUGGUUGGACUGAAACGGGACAUGUGUGUUGCUUACACACCGGCAAAGAGUCUGAACGGAAAGCCCUUGGUAACGAUUGUGGCAGGUACUAAAUUAGAGACUGCUAGUAUUCUGAAAACAGAAAAUACCUGUAUUCUAAAAACAGAAAAUACCUGUAUUCUAAAAACAGAAAUGGUAGAGGUAUGAUAGAUCUCAAAGCUCGUGACCCUUUUGCUCGGAAAACCAGCAAAAAAGUGAUAAUUCCUUUGGGUACCAAAUGUUUAGCUUCUGUUAAGGUCGGUUCUCACCAUGAGCGUAAAACAAAGUGAGGAUCGGUCACAAGCGCAAAACAAAUCUAGCAUUUAGGUUCCUAUCUUUCGCUUGUUCGCGAGAAUCGGACAAUUACGUGCGUUACGCCCGGAAUGUGAGGUACAGGAAAUUACAACAGGAACAGAAGCUUGUUUUAGUUUGCCAUUAGUAAGAUGAUUUGUUAACUAGAAAUACAUGUGACAGGUACAAUUUUGCUACCCGAGAAAUCGAGCAACAUCCAUAAUGGGCCCCCGAAUGGUCUUUGGCGAGCACUUGAGAGCUUGCAAGCACCCCGUUAUUAUACAAGACCGAGCAUUGUUAGUUUUUUUAAUUAAAUCGAGCAGUAAGCACAUCAAAAAAUACAAUGCGAGCACGACGGAAAAAUUGCGCGAGCAUAAGCCGAAAACUGCGAGCACAUCGAAAUUUCGGGGGACUUAUUCCCAACCCCUCCAGAUGGCUAAAAAGGUUUCUCUUUUCUUCUUCUUCUUAUUAUUAUAAUAUAUUUUCAUCUUAUUACAAGUUUACAUUUUUGGCUCUUUUACAAAUAACCUAAUACAAAGUUUGAGAUUAAUUUUCCUUGAAUCUAUUAUAAAUACCAUCUGUUUAGGGUAAAUCGUUGGUUAAAAAAAAAAGGGACGCCAAAAACUUAACGGGUUUUAUCGAGAGACGAAGAGACUUGUUGUUAAAGUGUUUAUUUCCUAUGUGCAAAACAUUUUUUUUCUAGUAGCUGUUUACUGUCUUUCAAAAGCACUUGCAAUUCAUCGAAUUAUUUAUGUACAAAACAAAUAAAACAGGUUCCACAAUGAAAUACAGGCGUUUUGAAUAUAGCAUUUUAGUAGCAGGAGUGGUUUGGGACGAGUUUGUUUAUAAAGUUUCAUAUUCAUCGUUUACACCUAACAACCAACAUGUUU